AAUAGCAAAAGGAUGUGUUGUAACUAAACACCCUCAAAUUUCAUAAUGUCUACUGUUCUGAAGCGGUUGUGUUACAUUGGAUUCCAUGUCCUUCAGGGUCAACAGCUGGCCAAUCAUCUGGUGCAAGGAUUAGGCUUUGAGCUGUUUGCUACACGGGACACAGAGUGGAAGAGGCAGCAGGCUUUCCAAAGAGGAGAUGCUGUUUUUGUUGUCAAUGAAAGGCGGGAGCUAACAGGGAGAAAAUUUUCGCCUUCAGACUGCUUCCAGCAUAAAGGGAUCCUGUAUGAUGUGAACCUGCAGUACAGAGUCAGUACAGCUUCCAAUAUUUGCUUUGAGGUAGAGGAUGUCCUUGGCAUCUCCCAAAAUCUAUUGGAGAAAGGCUGCAAGAUCCUUAUCCCUCCCACUACUGAAGCAGAUGAAAAUGGCUUUGUUACUUACUCUGUAGUGAGAUCCAUUGUGGGCAAUGUCAGCCAUACUCUUCUUGACCGAUCCCACUAUUGUGGGCCAUUCUUGCCUGGUUUCUGUGAAAUUGAGGUUGCCCCCAAGAGAUUCCAGGAGGAGAGGGAGACCACACAUUUUGACCACAUCACCUAUGCCUGUCCCCAGGGUAGUUCACAAGCUGUGCUGGACUGGUACAAAAACUGUUUUGGUUUCCAGCGCUUCUUCAUCCACCAGCAAGAUGAUGCUGCAGAAGGCUAUCAAAUUCAGGGGGAAGAUGUGGGCCUUCGUCUUACUGCCAUGCAGUACAGUGAUGAUGGCUCGUCACUGUUUGAGCGUGACUGUAAAUUUGUUCUGGCUGAGUCACUGCUGCAGCAAAGGAGGAACCAGGUGGACACUUUCCUAGAGAAGCAUGAUGGAGCUGGUAUCCAGCAUGUGGCCCUUUAUACCACAGACAUUGUAGGCACUGCUGCAGCCAUGGCAAAGUCAGGAGUAAACUUUUUCAAACCACCAUCAUCAUAUUACAGUGAGAAAUGCAAACAGGAGGAGAUCCAGCAAGUUGGGCAAGAUCAUCAGCUCCUGAAAGCCUAUGGCAUCCUUCUAGAUACGAAAAUAGGUGACAAAGGACAGAACAAUAGCCCUGGCAUGCUUGAGAAGCAAUACCUGAUGCAGAUCUUCACUAAACCUCUUUUUACAGAAGAGACCUUCUUCAUAGAGCUCAUUGAGCGAUAUGGAGCCACAGGUUUUGGUGAGGGAAAUGUCCGUGCUCUUUGGAAGUCUGUACAGAAUUAUAUGGAUCAGCAGUAGAGACCCACUCUACUUACUGAAGAAUGAAGCAUGGCAAAAUGUACAUUAUAGCUAAAUGAUAUCGGUGCUGUUUCAAAUUGUUAACACAAGAUUAGUGCCCAUGCUGAACAAAGCAUGUGAUUGAUCUGGUUCAAAUAUGUACUUUCAAAAUUGACUUUGCACUGUCCAUGCUGGCUUGUAUUAAAAAGUAUCCAAGUGAGGGGGAGGCCAUCUAAUUAGAACCCAUGCAUGGAAACCUGACUAGCAUAGCAAUGUUGUAACAGCAACCACACCUGAAAGCCUGCAGGCUUUUGCCUUGCUAGCUGAACUACUGAACUGGUAAUUGAUUUUUCUUUAAUGAAACACAAAGGCCUGAGGGUAUGGCUGGUAUAUCUUCCCUAGGGAGAGAGAAAUACUCUCUAUAGUAGAGUGACUGUUAUCUGCAGAACACCCACAUUCUUUGGGGUCUAGGGAGUGCAAAUCUGAAAAGGUACAUGAUCCCUGUUGCUCAGCUACAGUACUGUAAGUGCAGGAAGUUACCAAGCCAGGUAAUGAAACAUCUGAAUGAAACCAACCAAGCUCUGAGGACACCAAAAAUCCAAGAGCAAAUCCCUGAGCUCCAUACUAUUGGAGAAAAAUUGGUUCUCCCUCUUUUUACCUACUUGCACUCCACCAAAUUUAAUGUUAACUGGACAAACAGGAGGCAGGGGUAUUUGUUAGCCACUUCCACUUGAAUCAUGGCAGCUUUUUAACUAGCAGAACAAGAAACCACAGGGAAUCUUUUGGUUGUAUGGAUCCAAGCAGCUAUUAGGCUAUGUGAAAGCUUACACUCCUCUAACAUGGAAGAACCUGACUUGAUCUUUAUCCAAUAUGAAGAAGCGUAAAUAAAUGUUGUGAUUCUUAAAACAUAUUGCUAAUCAAUAUCUUAAGAUAUGUUCAAAAUUUGGCUCAAUAGUUGCCUGUAGAAGGGCCUUUACUUGUGAGUCCAUUGAAUAUGAAGAUAUUCACUUAGUUCAUCUCUUUAUAUAAGCCUUUCUCAACUUUUUGACCCUGGAGGAACCCGUGAAAUAUUUUUCAUGCCUCAGGGAACCCCUACACAUUCAAGCUU